GGAUUCCUGGGCCGAGGGCCCCUAUCGAAGAAAAAAACAUUGCUAGUCUAAACUUUGUGAUGCGCCACAUGCAAAGUGCUUGCGGCUGUCAUGCUGGGCAUGCAUUAAAAGGUCCACUCAAGCUCGUUUUCACGUACCAUCUGCGCAUGACAGGUUUUUGCUCUCAUGCCAGACAGAUUUGUCAUGCUGUUCCUCCAAAAAAGUUACACCUACAAUCUUUUUGUCUUGGAUAGCCCCCCGCCGGCGCCCAUCAUUCCCGUGGCGAAACUAAACGGAGGUGCUGGGAGCAUUCCUUCGGCGUUUCAACAAACUACACGACCUGGUGCGGCUACUAGUACAAAUUCGGUGGUCCUCAAGCCACUUUCAGGUGGGAAAAAAUUGUCGGAGAUCCAAGGAGGUCGUGAAACCAACAGCAAAUCGGCUGGUGGUGCACCACCACCAGCGGCGGUUACAGCGCUUGGGUCUUUUGGGAAAAAGAUGUCGGAGCUUGAUGGUCAACAGAAUCAUGCUGCCAAUUCCUCUCCAGGAACAGGACCAUCAAGAUCCUCGCCCGCCGAUUUGAAGCCGAGUGGCUUGAGACCUUUACCUCCGCGAGGACCAACGGCAGGAGGUGUGCCAACCACUACUACCGGAAGUUGUAGUACAUCAUCUCUUCCCAAAGCUGGCGCUGGCGUGUUUUCUAAAGCGGGCGCUUUUUCGAAGGCCUCCGGCGCGAGUCCCUUGCUGACCGCGCAGCAGCAGACAACGUCGUCACAGAUGGCGAGCAG